AUGACCGAACCACGAAACGGUGUCGGGCUUGGGCGUCUCCCGUUAUUUGGCACCCAUAAAAUGGAUGAUGGCACAAAGAGGAAUGCGCAUAGGGCUGCUGCCUGGGGGUCGCCAGGGUACGUCUGGAGCUGGCAGCAAGCGGCACCCGCUGCUGGUGGAGCACAUCGCAUGCGUUGGUCACAAACAAUGAACGCAAACGCACUGCGGGCGUACUUUAGGACAAAAGAGGAAGAAACUGGAUGUUUGGCGUAUCGGGCUAGGAUGCAUCGUCUUUUUGCUGAGCUGGAGCCAUCUUUAACCGUCACAGAGCGAAACCUGGCAGACCGAGUUCGGUAUAUCUUGCGCUGA